CUUCCACCACCAUCUCUCUGCAGCAGCGGACCGAGCUGCAGCUGCAGGCGGAGCUGGCAGUCAGCGGCGCGCUGCCGUGCCAAACACACCCGCUCUCCAGUCUGUCACCACUCUGCGCGCUUUAAACUACGUUUUGGUUCCAAUCUGGAAACACUAAAGACUGCGGUGAAGUCUGUAUAAAAUCGGUAAAGUUUAGACUAGACAAUUGUUUUCUUUUUUACACAUCCUCGGAAGAACAGAGUUUACUUUAAAAUUGAACGGGACUUCAUCCAAAAGCUGUCCAGUCUGCGCCGGAGCCGCGCCAGGUGAAAAGGAUGAGCAAUCUCCCGUUCCGCCGCGCGGCAAUCCGGUCCACAAAGGAUCAAUUAUAAGGAGAAGAGCCGCUGGAUUUUAAGGGACACAGAUCCCUUCAUCACUGUUCUGAUAACGACAAGUCAAGCCGCUUGUAAAUGCUGCCGUAGACAUGAGUUUUGGAAACAGAUUCUUCCUUUCACUCUUUCUUGGAAUUACGAUCAGUCGUUUCAGCAGAUGCAAUCAAGUUGUGUUGCUGGAUACAACAUCCGUGCUUGGGGAGCUUGGAUGGAAGACAUAUCCAAUAAAUGGGUGGGACGCCAUUACCGAGAUGGACGAGCACAAUCGACCUAUCCAUACUUUCCAGGUUUGCAAUGUGAUGGAGCCCAACCAAAACAACUGGUUACGCUCCAACUGGAUUUCUCGACAGGCGGCCCAAAAGAUCUAUGUGGAGCUUCGCUUCACCCUGCGUGAUUGCAACUCUAUUCCAUGGGUUUCUGGCACCUGCAAGGAGACCUUCAACCUCUUCUACCACGAGAUGGACGAAGCACAUGGUGUCAAAUUUAAGCCCAGUCAGUACACAAAGAUUGACACCAUUGCUGCUGAUGAGAGCUUCACUCAAAUGGAUCUUGGCGAUCGCAUUCUCAAGCUAAACACAGAGGUGCGGGAGGUGGGACCCAUGACGAAAAAAGGGUUUUAUUUGGCUUUCCAGGACAUUGGUGCCUGCAUAGCAUUAGUUUCGGUGAGGGUUUACUACAAAAAAUGCCCAUUUACGUUGAUGAACCUGGCCUCAUUUCCAGACACAGUCCCUCGUGUGGACUCUUCUUCAUUGGUGGAGGUGAGAGGAGCAUGCAUCGAUCAUGCUGAAGAAAGAGACACUCCCAAGCUAUUUUGUGGAGCUGAUGGAGACUGGUUGGUACCUCUUGGAAGAUGUGUCUGCAGUGUCGGGUAUGAGGAGAUUGAUGGGUCAUGUGUUGCAUGCCGCCCAGGGUUCUACAAGGCAUAUGCAGGAAACAUCAAGUGUUCAAAGUGUCCUCCACACAGUUUGAGCUACGGAGAAGGUGCUUCAAUCUGCCGCUGUGAAAAAGGAUUCUUCAGAGCUGAGAAAGAUCCCCCAACAAUGGCCUGCACACGCCCUCCAUCUCCUCCGCGCAACUUAUUGUUCAACAUGAAUGACACCUGCCUAAUGCUGGAGUGGUCACCCCCCAGCGACACCGGAGGUCGCCGGGAUCUAACGUAUAAUGUCCAAUGCAAACGCUGCGGCCCUGCACCCAACCAGUGCCAACUCUGUGAGGAUGAUCUCCGUUUCGUCCCGCGGCCUUUGGGCCUGACCAAUGCCAGUGUGACUGUCACGGACUUCUCAUCACACGCAAACUACACAUUUGAAAUUGAGUCACUAAACGGUGUGUCAGAGAUGAGCUCCUUCCCUCGGCAGGUGGCCAUCAUCACCGUCAGCACUGAUCAGGGGGGUCCAUCUCUAGUGGGAGCUGUAAAGAAGGACUGGGCUUCUCCAAACAGCAUUGCUCUCUCCUGGCAGCAACCUGAGGAAACAACGAUUCCCAUCAUUGACUAUGAAGUCAAAUAUUAUGAGAAGGAACAAGAACAGUUAAGCUACUCCUCCACACGCACCAGGGCUCCCAGUGUCAUAGUCUCAGGUUUAAAACCAGAAACCUGGUAUGUCUUCAGUGUUCGGACCAGAACAGCCGGUGGAUACAGCUCCUACUCUCCAAGAUAUGAAUACCAAACUACAGGUGACUCCUCAGACAUCGCGUCCGAUCAGGGCCAGGUCUUGGUCAUUGUAACAGCUGCAGUGGGUGGUUUCACUCUUCUAAUCAUCCUCACCCUCUUCCUCCUCAUCACUGGAAGGUGUCAGUGGUAUUUCAAGGCAAAGAUGACCUCAGAGGACAAAAGAAGGACUGACUAUCAGAAUGGACAUGUUCCUUUUCCAGGAACAAAGACAUAUGUGGACCCAGAUACGUAUGAAGACCCCUCACAGGCUAUCCAUGAAUUCACUAAAGAAAUCGACCCGUCCAGGAUCCGCAUUGAGAGGGUGAUCGGAUCAGGGGAAUUUGGUGAGGUGUGCAGCGGCCGUUUGAGAACACCUGGGAAAAAGGAGAUUGCGGUAGCAAUAAAGACUCUAAAAGGCGGUUACGUAGAGCGUCAGCGGCGGGACUUCCUGCGCGAGGCAUCAAUCAUGGGCCAGUUUGAUCACCCCAACAUUAUCAGGCUGGAAGGAGUGGUCACAAAAAGCAGGCCUGUGAUGAUCGUCGUGGAGUACAUGGAAAAUGGAUCACUGGACUCAUUCCUUAGACAACACGACGGUCACUUCACUGUCAUCCAGCUGGUCGGCAUGCUGCGUGGCAUCGCCUCAGGCAUGAAGUAUCUGUCAGACAUGGGCUACGUUCACAGAGACCUGGCAGCCAGAAACAUCCUUGUCAACAGCAAUCUAGUAUGCAAAGUGUCAGACUUCGGCCUGUCCCGAGUGCUGGAGGACGACCCUGAGGCUGCUUACACCACAACGGGUGGAAAGAUCCCGAUCCGAUGGACAGCUCCAGAGGCUAUUGCAUACAGAAAGUUUUCCUCAGCCAGUGAUGCAUGGAGCUACGGCAUUGUCAUGUGGGAGGUGAUGUCCUAUGGAGAGCGGCCGUACUGGGAGAUGUCCAAUCAGGAUGUGAUUCUGUCCAUAGAGGAGGGCUAUCGGCUGCCGGCUCCAAUGGGCUGCCCUGUGGCCCUGCAUCAGCUGAUGCUGCACUGCUGGCAGAAGGAGAGGAAUCAUCGACCGAAAUUUGUGGACAUCGUUUCCUUCUUGGAUAAACUAAUUCGUAACCCAAGCAGCCUGCUGCCGCUGGUGGAGGACCUCCAGAGUCUACCAGAAUCCCCGGCGGAGGACAUGGAUUACCCAAUGUUCAUCUCUGUUGGCGACUGGCUGGAUUCUAUAAAGAUGAGUCAGUACAAGAGCAAUUUUAUGGCAGCAGGCUUCAACACAUUGGAUUCUGUGGCCAGGAUGAGUAUUGAAGAUGUGAGGCGUAUUGGUGUGGAGCUGAUCGGCCACCAGAGGCGAAUCAUCAGCAGUAUACAGACCCUUCAGUUUCAACUACUGCAUGAACAGGAGAAGGGUUUCCAUGUAUGAGGACGCCCUUUUUUGUUGCAGCCUGGGAUGGACAGGUAGUCGAGACAGGAGGAAGUGAAGUCUGAUCCAACUGAGGGCAGGCUAAAGCCCGCAGCAGACUUUUAACACCUCAUUGAAAAGAAUAUUCUAACAGAACCCUUCCUGGUCUCCUACUCUUCCCUUUGGACUUGUUUUCUACCAGACACUCCUCACAUUGUGCGCCUGGUUCUACCAGACUCCAAAGGCCUGAUGGACUUCACAGACUGGCCCAGGCCCUCACUUAAGGGAAUGUAAUGCCUUGUUGCAACAGCCGUAUUUUUGUGUGUGGAGCAACAAUAGAAAUGUAGAUUUGCAAAUGUAAUCUACCGAACCUUUGAACUUUGUUUUCUCUUGCUCUUGUAGCUGCUAUCGGGUGUGCAAUCUAUCUGUUUUUCGUCCUUUGAAAAGAGAAAUAACCUCAGUAUUUUUUAGUUUAGAGUUUUAUUAUUUAUUAUAAAGGUUUAUUUAGAUUGUUUUAGUUACCUGAUGUCUAAAGAAUCCGGUACACUAAUACUUGAACGAAGAAGAAAGCAGAACGUUAUAGAGAUUUAAUGAAUGUUUAAAGUGUAUAGACAGUUAAUUAUUAUUAUUAUAACCUAAUAUCGACAUAUGUGCAGUUGUGUAUGUGAAAGCCCUAGUAAAUCUGGAAAUUUUCUAAAAGGUUUUAUUUAUUUUAAAGAUUUUAUUUUAAUCCAAAUCAGCAAUACAGUAUUAUGCAGUCACCUCGGCGUCUCUGUGGGGGAUGAAUUGUUUAAUGACAGACUUCCACCGGUUCUUCAAGAAAAUCACCAUCCCGGUCUGACCGUUUUUUUAAGUCAGUUUAAUUUUGCGUUUGAUUGUGAAUGUUAAACAUUGCCUGAGAACAAAAAAAAACUCCACAAAUUCCACUGUUGUACUUUAUGAAUGUUCACAGAAUUUUAAUAUUUCUAGUUGUUUUACUUUAUUAAGAAGGACGGUUCUUCCUCUCGCAUCAAGUCAUUUUGCCUGGACGCACACACUCAAACACAACUAAAAAACCAAAACUCUGGUACUUUAUUUCAGUUCUACAGCGGAUUUAGUUUGUGAAAUCGGAGGAAACAAGAGGAACGUGUCUGGUUGGAUUUUAACAACUGCUUUUGCAUACUUUGUGAUCAUGUAAAGGUUGUAGCAAUAGUGGCAGUGAGCUUAGUCUGAUAGGAGCACUUCUAAAAGUGAAGCGGGACUAGAUGUAAGAUGUUAGCAGAGAUUAUUCGUAACUGUUUUACUUUUUUUGACCAUUGAGGAAUAGCAGCUUAAAACAUUGACAGCAGUUUCAUAAUUCAUAAAUCAUUUUAGCAUUGACUGUAACAGAAACACAUACACAGAAUGCCUUACAGUCUGUUAGCCAUGCAAACCAGAAACACUUUAUAGGAGUUCAUAAGUUUCAGUGCAGUCAUAGGACCUAGUUAUUUCUUUAAAUGGUAUAAAAAAUUAUUAUCUGCAGUUUUUAUAACAUAGUUUAAACCCAACUGGACCUAAAGAGGUGUGCCUUUUGGGACACAGUGUGGUCGGUCAUGCAUCUGGACCCUCAGGAGCGGGAAAGGUGCACGCACAAACCCAAGCACACACACCCCCACACACACACCCACAAACGCCCAUCCCUCUACAUGAAUCCUGAGAUUAUCAGAUGCUGUUUGUUUAGCAUGUUCUACUGCUGAGCAAUGUUAGAACGUUCUUUUGUACAAAGUACAAGUAUACUUAUUACAAUUCUUGUAUUUUAUUUUUCUAUGAUUUCCAAAGAGAUGUUGUAGAUCUUGCACACUGUAAGAGGCAGGUACAGCGAAUAUUUAUUUGCAAAUAAAG